CUGAUGCAGAGCUUCAAGGAGUCGCAUUCCCAUGAGUCCCUGCUGAGCCCCAGCAGCGCGGCCGAGGCCUUGGAGCUCAACCUGGAUGAAGACUCCAUCAUCAAGGCGGUCCACAGCAGCAUCCUGGGCCAGGAAUUCUGCUUCGAGGUGACCACGGCCUCGGGGACCAAGUGCUUCGCCUGUCGCUCGGCCGCCGAGAGGGACAAAUGGAUCGAGAACUUGCAGAGGGCGGUGAAGCCCAACAAGGACAACAGCCGGCGGGUGGACAACGUCCUGAAGCUCUGGGUGAUCGAGGCGCGAGACCUUCCCCCCAAGAAACGCUACUACUGCGAGCUCUGCCUGGACGACAUGCUCUACGCCCGCACCACCAGCAAGGCGCGCACCGACAACGUCUUCUGGGGAGAACAUUUUGAGUUUAACAACCUGCCGGCCGUCCGCACCAUCCGCUUACACCUCUACAAGGACACCGAUAAGAAACGCAAGAAGGAUAAGAGUAAUUACGUCGGGAUGGUGAGCAUCCCCAUCGCCAGCGUCACCGGGCGGCAUUUCGCCGAGCAGUGGUACCCGCUCAGCCAACCCAGCGGCAGCAAGAGCAAGGCGGGUUGUCCGGCUUUACGCGUCAAAAGUCGCUUCCAGACCAUGAGCAUCCUUCCCAUGGAGCUCUACAAGGAGUUCGCCGAGUACGUCACCAACAAUUACCGGAUGCUCUGCGCCGUCUUGGAACCCGUGCUCAGCGUUAAGAGCAAGGAGGAGGUGGCCUGCGCGUUGGUGCACAUCUUGCAGAGCACCGGCAAGGCGAAGGACUUCCUGUCGGACAUGGCCAUGACGGAGGUGGAUCGCUUCAUGGACCGGGAGCACCUGAUCUUCCGGGAAAACACCCUCGCCACGAAAGCCAUAGAGGAGUACCUGAAACUCAUCGGCCAGAAAUACCUCAAGGAUGCCAUCGGUGAGUUCAUCCGGGCGCUGUACGAAUCGGAGGAGAACUGUGAGGUCGACCCCAUGAAGUGCUCGGCCUCCACCUUGGCUGACCACCAGGCCAACCUCCGCAUGUGCUGCGAGCUCGCCCUCUGCAAGGUGGUCAACUCGCAUUGCGUGUUCCCCCGGGAGCUGAAGGAGGUCUUCGCCUCGUGGCGGCUGCGAUGCGCCGAGCGGGGCCGCGAGGACAUCGCCGACCGGUUGAUCAGCGCCUCGCUCUUCCUGCGGUUCCUCUGCCCCGCCGUGAUGUCCCCCAGCCUCUUCGGCCUCAUGCAGGAGUACCCCGACGAGCAGACCGCCCGCACCCUCACCCUCAUCGCCAAGGUCAUCCAGAACCUGGCCAACUUCACCAAGUUUGGCAGCAAGGAGGAGUACAUGGCCUUCAUGAACGAGUUCCUGGAGCUGGAGUGGACCAGCAUGCAGCAGUUCCUCUACGAGAUCUCCAACCUGGACACCCUCACCAACAGCACCAGCUUCGAGGGCUACAUUGACCUGGGCCGCGAGCUCUCCACCCUGCACGCCCUCCUCUGGGAGGUCAUGUCCCAGCUCAGCAAGCGGCUGCCCCCCAAGGGGCUGGUGCUGCGGGGGCCCUCGGCCGACCUCCAGCCCUACCUCGUCCGCGACCUCAACAGCUCCGUUGACCUCCAGUCCUACAUGGUGCGGGGCCUCAACAGGUGGGCCUCUCAGACGCCGUCGACGCUGAACCCGGUGAUGCCGGCGGCGGAGCGCACGGUGGCCUGGGUGUCCAACAUGCCGCACCUCUCGGCCGACAUCGAGAGCUCCCACAUCGAGCGCGAGGAGUACAAGCUGAAGGAGUACUCCAAGUCCAUGGACGAGAGCCGGCUGGACCGGGUGAAGGAGUACGAGGAGGAGAUCCACUCGCUGAAGGAGCGGCUGCACAUGUCCAACCGCAAGCUGGAGGAGUACGAGCGGCGCCUGGUGUCGCAGGAGGAGCAGACGAGCCGCAUCCUGCUGCAGUACCAGCACCGCCUGGAGCAGAGCGAGAAGCGCCUGCGGCAGCAGCAGGCGGAGAAGGACUCCCAGAUCAAGAGCAUCAUCGGCAG